CGCCGCUAAACACUGAACUCUAGUCGCAGGGGACGAGCUCAGCCUUGAUUGUGUGAGUUCUCAGGAGUCAGACCCCUGUCCUCUGCAGACCAGAGCCCCUAAUUACCUAAACAACAGGUCCGAGAAGAACCAUCCUCUUUACUGCAUGUCGGCCCAUACAUUCUGUCAAGCUCUUCUUUGCGCUUGUGACUUUAAAGCACUUAAGGAAACUUCAGCCGCUGUUUUGUACGCACCUGCUCCUCUCUUCCAAAGGAACCCGGAUAGUAGUUCAGAAUGAAUUCAACGGUUUUUAACGACUCAGACAGUGUUUCGUUUUCCAACAGAAGCAGCGAGAGCUUUCUUUCGUGCUGUAAUUUGUCCUCAGUGGUGACGGACAGCGGGGUUGUGUCCACGGCGCUGGACGAGCGCAGCGUGUUCAUCAUGCGCACGGUGCAGAUCGCGGUGAUGUGCGUGCUGGCGCUCACCGUGGUCUUCGGCAUCUUCGUUAUAGGCUGCAACUUGCUCAUUAAGUCCGAGGGCAUGAUCAACUUUCUGGUCACGGACAGAAGAUCGUCAAAGGAUGUCGAAGCGGUCAUCGUGGGAUCGUUCUAGUGCGUAAAAGUUUCAUGGUCAGAUGGGAGGCGCGCAUUGGUAAUAUGUGAAACUAUCCGUAUUGCCCUCCAGAAACAAAGAUGUUUUAAGACGGUAGAAGAAACAUUACAUUUAUGAUUCAAUGUUUACCGUUGGGGAAAGUGCAGUUUAUGAGAAAAGUAAAGGUUCAAGUAACGUGAGACCUGGAGACUGCAAUGAAUAUUAAAUAGAUGAGAGGAAACAUCUGGACAUGGACUGUUUUGCCCACUCAAUGGACCUUGAGUGAUUAAUGUUCAUGUGAUUAAUGCUUGUGAAACAAACUGCUGUUUUCAGACUGCCGAGAUUUAUGUGGGUAAACACUACGUACAUUUUGAGUAAUGCAUUUAAAGUUUAAAUGAAGGUAUAAUUUGAUACUGUAUGUGUAACUAAAGGUCUUCUUA